GCACAGAAAAGAGAGAAGGGAUUAGUGGAAUAUAGAUGAAGAUGUGGUUCCUGUCCAGCAGCUGUUACACAUCCUGGUCCUGAAAAACACACCAGAAGACCAGGAGAAAAAUCAAAGACAGAGAGAUCCAGUGACACAGUGACACUCACUACCUCUGAGGAUGCAGAUGAAGCUGCUGACAGCAGUAUUGAUGGUGUGCGUGUGUCUGAGUGUGUUGCCGGCGCAGUGUGUGUGUUUUUCACGUGGAGCUUCAACAGCCACCUGCAUGAACAUGAAGCCUGGCCACAUCAGCGCACACUCGCAGCACACACACUCAGCGACUGCAGUGACCAUACACACCAGCCGCAUGGUCUAUCUGCCACAGCACACACUUACAGUAAGUGUACGCAGCUCUCGAGCGUUUAUGGGUCUUCUCCUUCAUGCACGCUCUGUAACGGAGGACCGUGUGGUCAGAGGCCAGUUCACACUCCACCCUCCAGGAACACACACUCUCUCCUGCCUGUCUACUGCAGACACGGUCACACACUCCGAGAAACUACUGAAGAGGAACCUGUCGUUCACCUGGAGAGCCCCGGCUCAGCCGAGUGGGGACCUGAGAUUUUAUAUCACAGUGGUCCACUCCUAUUUCGUCUACUGGACUCGGAUCCAUUCAGCCGUGGUGCAUGAUGGGACACGGAAGAUUCCUACUGAACUUGAUGCUGGACAGAUCAGGAUGGUCUCAGAACCUACACAAACACACACUUCUGCACACACACACUCUGAUUACUCAAACACCACUACACCAGUCACGCACACACACACAUCACACAACAGCAUGCUAAAACCUCGGCCACUAAUAAAACACACUCUCGCUACAUCACACACACCUGCACACACUCCCAUUGCAUCACACACACCUGUACACACUCAGACACCCACCACACCCCUACUGCAUCACACACACCUGCACACACUCAGACGCCCACCCACACCCCUACUGCAUCACACGCACCUGCACACACUCAGACGCCCACCCACACCCCUACUGCAUCACACGCACCUGCACACACUCAGACGCCCACCCACACCCCUACUGCAUCACACGCACCUGCACACACUCAGACGCCCACCCACACCCCUACUGCAUUACACGCACCUGCACACACUCAGACACCCACCCACACCCCUACUGCAUUACACACACCUGCACACAUUCAGACACGCCCGUCUGCAGCACUCCAGCACUCUCUGUCUGACCCAGUGGAGACGAGGGACGAUCCUGCAGCCACACCCGGAAAUCAAAACCGGGGGUGGGGUUAAGGUCGAGACAGGGUCAGGCCUCGUGUCUCAGCCGGUGCUGUUGCUGGCCUUGUCGCUGGCUCUUUUGGGGGCUCUCGGCAUCUACGUCCAGAGGAAGCACUGUGUCCGCCGCAACGGCGUGUCUCUGAGUCAUAGCGAGCAGGAGAGUGCAGGAAUGAGACACAUGCAGGAGUGUGGCGAACUCGUCCACCUGCGAAGGCUCCGAGAGAACAGCCUACUGCUGCUGCAGACCCAAUAUGACAUUAUUACAGCCCCGGGGAACUAA